AUGUCGACUGAAGAAACAGAAAAGAAAAAGGCAGUGGGACUGUCUAAAUCCGAGUACGAUGUCAUUACGAACAAGAUCGCAGUUGCAAUCGCAAAGCACGAAGCAGUUGUGCAAGGAUGGAUAGCGAAAUCAGCGCGCGCAAACGAACCUCGAAAGACCCAAGCAGAGCUGGAGGCGGAAGAUGCAGCCUUGUUCCGACCACAACCUCCGCGCCUUGGAUUGGGAUGUCCUAUACCUGCCCAAUUCCUGAAGAACGACACCGAAAACAGCACCAAAGAAUUGCGCGCGAAGUUCUUCCCGUCGAAAACUUUAAAAGCUAGCAAAGCACGAGACGCUGAGGAGAAGGCUGCUAGUGCGAAACGUGGAUUAAAAGAGCAAAGUAGUGAUGAAGAAGGAGGUCGUUCUUCUUUGGGGCGAGCAAAGAAGCUCAAGACGAAACCGCAGAAAGAGGAGGUUAAGAUCGAGUUGCAGGAGGUCAAGCGCGAACCUGCUAUUGAUGAAAGUAUAGUCUUCAAAGCACCAGAAGUUAAAAAAGAAAGAGCGGAAAAUGGGGACCCUAAUGGCAAUGAUGGCACUGCUGCUCUCACGCCUUCAACGGAUAGUGGCAGAAUACAUACUGAAUUAGAGGAUGUGAGUUUACUAGCGAAACGAAAAAAGAAAUCCAAAGACCAGAGCCCAACAGAAGUCUUGGGGAUCGUCAAAGUUGACAAGGACAACGUCAAUGCUCAAACUUCUGCGAAUACACCGGAGGUCCAGCCAGCCUCAGCAGACACUAGCGAGAGCGUCAUCAAGCCAACAGUGAACGGCACGGACGAGGGAGAGUCAGAUAUAGAUGAAGAAGAAAAAGUCAAAAGGAGGGAAGCAAAAAAGAAGGAGAAGCUGGCUAGGAAAAAGGAGAGGAAAGAGAAGAGGAGAAUGGAAGGAGCAGCUGCAGGUUCGCCAUAG